AUGAGCCCAGCCGAGCUGCGGGCAUUGAACAGACGUGGCAAGGCGAAGACGACUAACGGGCGGGCACAAUACGACGGUGAUGAGAUAAAACAUACGACGGACGAGAUGCUGCAGACACUGGACGGGAAAACCUCCUCUCGGCCGUUUCACACUGUUGUUUUCCUCGCCUUUUGCUGCCGCCAUUGGCCACCGGCCUCCCUUCCAAACGCCUUCCAUCUCCUUAGUCAUGACUCUCCCCUUGCCUCUGCUCUCCGCCCUUUGUGUGUCUGGCUCGCAGCAGAGGCCAAUGCAAGGGCUGGUCGCUACGGCGAGCAGAAGGCAAAGUUACGGUGUAUCCACAGCCAAGGUGUGAGCGUGAGCAUGCCAGCAGCCGCAAGGCCACACAGUGUGGUGUCCCAAAAGGGCCUCCGUCUUUCCCCCACGCCAUCUUCGAAUUAG